GUCAACGCCUUUGACGAAAAACAAAAGAAAACUACCUCUUUCAUUUAGCUAGGUGACUAACCUUCGAGUUGACUUGUCUAUUUUUGUGUUUACACACAAGACAUUUCAAACAACCUAGUAUCUUUCUGCAAGUUUUUGUUUCCCUCAAAGUUCAAGUGGCAACCUGUUCAGGAAAUGAGCUCCAGUGUGAUGCUUUUCGCCUGCUCAAGGUGUUUUUCAAGACACCCAUUUGAAGAGCUGUCUCCAGGACAGCAGUUAUGCAAGGAAUGUAGAGGCUCUUUCCCCGUUGUGAAAUGCACAUUUUGCCGCUCGGAGUUCCAGCAAACAAGUAAAGGAAGCACUAGUACAAUUUGCAAGAAAUGUGAGCAAAAUGUAAAGCUGUAUCGCAAGCCUACAGCUUGUGAAUAUUGCAACAUCAUAGCUGCUUUUAUUGGAAACAAGUGCCAGCGAUGCACUAAUUCUGAAAAGCGAUAUGGACCUCCGGUUACGUGUGAACAGUGCAAACAGAAGUGUGCAUUUGACCGCAAAGAUGAAGAUAAGAAGGUUGAUGGGAAGUUGUUGUGUUGGUUGUGCACUUUAUCAUAUAAACGAGCAUUAGCUAAAACUAAACAAAGUGUUCAGGAUAGAAGAGAGCACCAACGUUUAACUCGGGAACGUGAGCGAGAUGCAAAAAGGAGGGAGCAAGCCGGCAGGCCUAGAAGUCACAACAAACGACCCCAACGAGCUGAUGUUACUAAGCUUCCUGCACCAACAGCUGAGAGCAAAGAAGUUGUGGAUGGACCACCACCCAAAGUUCCCCGUCCAGCAGUUUCCCGUGUUGAUCCCCAUGAUCCAGAGCAUGUUGUUGCUAUGACGCAACUAAAGGAGAAGAUAGUUUCUCUCAACAAACAGAUGGUUAUCAAAGAUCAGCAGCUUCUGUCUAAAGACAAAAUGAUUACUGAGCUCAAAGCUAAGCACUUCACAGUGGAGAAUGAACUACGGAAUCGAAUGCUUGCUAGUGAACGCGAGUUUAAGACAAAAUCUGAAAUGAUGUCAGGUAAAAUUAAAAAUUUGCAGAAAGAAGUUGCAACUUUGUCAAAGAUGAAAAACACUCCUAAAUCAGAUAAGAAGAGGAUUGUUGAAAUCAAGCACAAAGAGCGAAUUUGUACAGUUGAUCAUAAAGAAUAUUUGAGACAAAAGUUGAAAAAGGCCGAAAAGAAUGAUAGUGACCAAAAAGAUACCGAUAAUGAAGAUAAAGAGGACAAGAAAUCACGCAACACUAUCAGUGAUGAUGAUGAUGAUGACUCCAAAGAUGCCUCAUUCACCAAUAAGACUCCUAAGGAGGAAAAGACUGAGAAUAAUGAUAAUCAGAGAAAUGGAGAUAAGGUGGAGGAAAAUGGAGAGAAACAAACUAAUGACAGUACAGUGAGUUCUCAAAUGGAAACUUCAGGAAUAGAGAGGAAUGGUAAUAAUGAUAAAAGCACAGGCAGCAACUUCGACGAAUCCAGCAAAGACUUUGAGAAGAAGGACAAUGAAGGAAGCAAAGAUUCUGAUGAUGAGUCUAUCAAGAAAGAGCGCUUUUCUGACAAAGGUUCUGCAAAGGGUGAAUCAGACAAAGAAUCAGAUAGUGAGUCUGUGAAGAAGGAACGUAGCUCAGACAAGGAAUCUGUCAAAGGAGAUUCAGAGAAAGAAUCAACUAAAGGAGACUCUGAUAAAGAUGAUUCUGAUAAGGAAUCUGAUGAUGAAUCAACUAGAAAAAAUAAUAGCUCAGAUGAUGAAGCUCCAAAAAAGCGGCGCCACAGCUCUGAUGAAGAAUCAAAUAGGAAAGGUAGUGACAGUUCAGACGAUGAACGGACCAAAAAACAUCACAGCUCAGAUGAAGAGUAUUCGAAGAAACGCAAGCAGCUGAAGAAGAAAAAGAAGUUCAGGCGCGAUUCUGAUCGCGAUUCCGACAAGGAAUCUGACAAAGAUUCACGCAAAUCAGACAAAGAUUCUGAUAGAGAUUCUGACAAAGAUUCAGAUAAAGAUUCUGACAAGGAAUCAAAUAAAGAAAGUGACAGUGACAGUGAUGCGUAACAAUUAUGCAACAAAGUCAAUGGGCAAAGAGCCCAUUCUUGCUGCUCUCAUAGUAUUGAGCAUGAGCACAUUGAAAUCUAAAUUACUUGUAAAUAUCUGCCACUUUUGAAAAUAACUUAUUGGUGUUUGUAAUGUUAUCAGGAGGAAAAAGUUUUAUUUACUUAAUCAUUCAUCGACAUUCAAUUAUAAAAUUCUGUAUUUUUUGUUUCAUAUUUAUUCUAUGUUCUUGUUUUCCCCUGGAAGCUGCAUGCAUGACCUAGUGGAGUUGAAAGGUAUGAAUUCAAUUCAGUUCUAGUAUGAUAUGAUAUUUCUCCAUCGGUCUCUGUAAAAUUUGUUUCUAAAACUAAUUUUCAGACUUAAGAUUUUGAGCAAAGUUUUGUUCAAUAUUAUACAGUAUUAUGUGAUAUUUCUAUGUUAAGAGGAAUGUGUAUGACUUUGUUAAAAUGUAUAUUUUUGUGAAACCGAAAUUUGAAAAGCAGUGUGUAAGUUAUUCCGUUUAAAAAAAAUGAAUUGUGUAAAUUGAAGAAACUAGGAAGGUGGGUUAUUGUGCACUAUUUAAGGACACUUUUAGGUAGGAUUAUUUAUCCAUUGCAAGAUGAAGACUUCAGAUGGCUGUGCUUAUGUGCACAUGUUACAGUGUUUUCUUAGGAAAUUUCUUUUAGUACCUUGUCAAAGUUGUUAGUAGAUGUACUUAUUCUAAUGAAUUUUCAAACUGAUUUUCUUUAGAUAUGUCAUGAAAUUUAUAUCUUAUUUCAAAUUUAUGUAUCAGUCUUAAUGUUGCUUUAAUUAUCAGUCUUCUGAAUCAAGUUCAUGCCGAACAUGUAAAAUCAUGCGUUUCAUACUGACACAUCAUCAAACUUGCUUCUAUCAAGAAGAUAGUUUGCUAGUUGUUUGUUGUCAUUAUACUGUUAUCAUGAAAACUCAGGCUUGCAUGUCGAACUUUUUAUGUCCUCAGGAAAUAUUUGAUGAACAUGAAAUGGUGUUAGUUAGUUUAAUUUAUUUAUCUUAAGAGGUUGUCUCUAGGCAUGAAUCAUAUUUUUAACUUUUGUUAAAAUUUAUUUUUAUUACUUCCAUAUUGUGUUAUGUAGAAUGAUGUUUGAAACUCAUUUAAAAUUAUGGAACAAACUAUGGAGCAGUCAGACACAUCAUAAUUUUUUGUGCAAUUAUUAAUUUAAAUUACAGCCUCUGAACUUUCUUUUCUUGUAUAUUCUUACAAUUUUGGUAUCAUUGGCGUAGUGUUUGCUCAUUUUAAAUAAAUAACAUACUUUACAGUAGUAAAAAAUUGUAUCUAAAAAAAAAACAAAAAAUAGAAAAUUGUAAACACUAUGAAAAAGGCUUAGAGUAGGCUGUAGUUUGUUUGUUUGGUUACCACACAAAACCAGAAGCUUUCUUUAAGCUUUCUCCUAUGAACUACUGACAAUUUAUAAUCAUAUUGGGCUAUUUAUUUUUGUAAUGCUUGUCAAAUUUUCUCUGCCCUGUAAAAUGCAAUGUUACACUUUAUACAUUUACGACUAGAUAUCGAAACUACCUCGUAAUCCUGUAAACAUUUAUGAAAGCAAUUAUCUGUUUUUCUAUUGUGAGCAAACUUUGAAAUAAAGUGUACUAAAGUGUACUGCCUGAA